CAAUUUGAGCAUUCUGAAAAGUUGGUAGUGUUUUGUCCCAACCGUCCCUAUGCAAACCUACACCCUUAAUUUAGCCUAUCAAUUAAUUAGGUUCAUAUUCGUGAGAAAUGUAUCUCUGACCCCCGUACACCUAAUCUGUUUGGUCUCAUUAAUGUCCCUUCCCCAGCAAAAAGUCUACAUGCUGUUAUAUCGUCCCUACAAGAGGCGUAGCAAGGGUCCCCGGGGACCCCAGGCAACAAGCAACAUUGGGCCCUUCGAGCGUGUGCAAGUAAUGGGGACAGUUAGACUUGGAGCAAUAGAAGAAAGAGUAGCAACACAAAAAAUACCACCAUCGGAUGUGGAGGUAUAUACCUUUGUGUGAAAUCAGUAGUCAGAUUGGCCAUACGACCCACCAAAUUCAAAUUAUUCCGUAAAAACCACUGAUUGGUCGACUACCGACCGAAAUGAGUAUUAAAUUUGCUAAUAGAUUUGUUUAGGAUUAUUUUAGAUGCAUAUAUGUUAUAUUUUUCUUGUAGAGUAUUCGAUAAGGAAUACGAUAGACCCAUGAAUAGACUUUUUUGGAAAAAUCACCAUUUCUUUAAGUAGUCACAUCAAUAAUGAGGCGGUCUGUGAAAAUCACCGCUGAACGCUUAGACUUUGGCUAUUUAAAGCAGUGGUGUCCAAACUAAUCCACAUGGGCCCGCAGUGGGUGCUGGAUUUCAUUCCUACCAACUAAGAAGAUAUCUUUUCAUCAAUCUGGUGUCUUUCAAGUAAAAUCAGUUGAUUGCAGUCAGGUGCUGCAUGUUUUAGCACAAACUUCAUUAGUUAAACUGUCUGUGCUCGAUUGAUAGGAACAAAAACCAGGACCCACAGCGGCCCUUGAGGACAGGUUUGGACACCCAUGAUCUAGAGCACAGGUGUCAAACCGAUUCCAGGAAGGGCCUAGUGGGUGCUGGAUUUUGUUCCAAUCGAUAACGCGCAAAGAGUUUAACCAGUGAACUUCCUGCUGAAACAUGCAGCACCUGACAAAGUUUAACUGAUCACACAUGUAAAAGAUCUAAUUGGUGAAAAGGUGUCCUCUUCAUUGGUUGGAAAGCAAACCUGCACCCACUAGGCCCUUUCUGGAAUCUGUUUGACACCUGUGAUCUAGAGCAGGGGUCCCCAACCUUUUUUGCACCACGGACCGGUGUUAUUUGGGUCUUUUUUUCACGGACCGGUGUUCUGACAAAUUUUGCAACCCAUCAAAAAUUGCAACGAUGCGGUUCUGCGCAUGCGCGUAACGUUAAACAUAGCCGCAAAAUGCGCAAAUGCAGUGAUUCCAAAGUAAAUACUACAAACUUUCUUGAAAGAAAGGAAUAUUAACUUACAUUUGAUCAUGGAAGGACUUGUAGAAAAGUUCUCCUCAGAUACAUCCUGCCAUGUAAGCUGCACACCGCUCACACCAUUAACAACUUCGCCUUGUCGUUAAACAGAAGCCCGCUUCACAAAAAUACGAUGUUGGAAAUUGUAGCAAGGUUUUCAAUGCUCUUGUAGCGAUGUCAGGAUAUUCCAGAAUGACUUUAAUCCAGAACCUCGGUAGAGUUGUUGUCUCAAAUGUACGCUUAAUAAGGUCGCCAUCAUUUGCGAUCUCUACAAGUUGAUUUUCCUGUUGCACAGACAUGCUCCAAUCACUCGGUUUAUUCACAAACGGGUCAGGAAUCCACUCCUUUGCAGUUCGUGGGUCUUCGAGGUAGGCUCGUCAGGUGCCCUUUUCGCCGUAAAAAUAUCUCCAAAGACGUCUGUUUUUCAGUCAUCUUCGCUCGUGUGGGGGCUAAUUAUUUCUGAGAACAAAUGUGCUGCGCCCGCGGCCUAGCAAUUUGUUAUUAUCGAGGACACGCUCACAUAGAUAUAUUAUAUACACAAACAAGAUGUACUACUAGCUGUCCAAUCAAUGGAUUUCUAUGACGACAUUUUAAUCUAUCCCGUAGUAUCAUAUCUAGAGUAGACAGAGAUAUUGGUGUGUUAAGCAGGGGCACAGGGUUAAUUCAGCCAGAAUGCCAUCGUUAUUAAAUUAUUAUUUCUGUGCGGCCCGGUAGCAAAUGCGCCAGGGACCGGUACCGGUCCGCGGCCCGGCAGAUGGGGACCCCUGAUCUAGAGAGUACUUGUUGAGUCACUCUUUUAACAAUCAUGUGGUAUCAAUUUCUGAUUGGACUUUCUUAAACAUGUGUUUCCACGUGACAUGGUUAGUGCUGACUGGGAUUGAUAACAGAAUUAUUAGAUAAUCUGCCAAAUGAUUCCAUGGUAUUGAAACACUCCCUACACUUGUCGCUCCAACAGUGCAGUAAAGCUGCGUGUGCUAAAUCUGUUGACCCUUUGGGGGCCCCUGCUGGCUAGGGGCCCUAGGCAGUUGCCUGGUUUGCCUAAUGGGACUGGACGCCUCUGGUCCCUACCAAUGUUGAGACCAAACCUACGCCCUUGCGUCCAAGUCUACUUUGACUGGGAGGUGUUGACAGCGCGCCCUCCCAGUCAACAUGAAUUGGACGUCAAGCACCGUCAAUAGCAACCAAUGAGUUAAUUGGAUGCAGGUGAGGGAGGGGCUUUAUUUGUGUGUCCCGAUUGCUCUGUACGGCCAGAUUUGAGUUUCAGAUGUUCCAUAUUCACAAUAAAUCCAUCUGGGCGCCUAUAUUCGAACAGACAUGGGGACUGGGGGAAUACGCGCAUUGCAGCCAACUUGUCUGGCUAGUACAGACAAGUACACGCGCGUGCACGUGUCGGCGAGAAGAUGUCAGCGCGCCAUUCUUUUACACGUUCCAGCAUGUGUUUGUCGUUAAAACGGCAGACGAGUGACCAUAAAAAAAGCGAAGCACAUUCGCCACAGCCAAUUUCUUCUCCAAAGGGCCUCCACGCGCUGAGCGUUGCCGCGCGUGACAAAUUGUGUGCGUGAGAAGCGAGGACAAGGGAGGGUUGAAAGAGAGAGAAAAAUCGUCUUAAAUAUGGCGUCUUCUUGAAGAAAAUGGGCCAAAAUAGCUUUGUGGAGUGUGUGGAGCGGAGGAACGUGGCGCUGUGCGCGGGAGACAAUAGACAGUGAAAUAUAUGGGGAGGAGGUGCUCCUGGCUGCUGUGACCCCCUCCUCUCCUCCGCCUCCCCCACUCGUUCCUUCUCCUCCUCCCUCCAUUCCUCCCAGUCUACAGGCUCGUCAAGCAGAGAAAUAAACAGGAGCAAACGCUGAGAGAAGGAAGAAGAGAGGACAUUCCUCCCCUCUCCUCUCCUCUCCCCUCCCCCCCACCCCACCCGCACUAUCUGCUGCCCAUCUUCAUCCAGGCAGCCCCCUUUUUUUCUUUUUCAUGGAGAGGAAUUAUCCCGCAGCUGGCUUUGGAGAUCUCGCCUCUGGGACGGGAUGGAGUUACGACAGAACGGCCAAAGCGAGCCUCAUGUAUGGGAGUGCCAGGUCAAGCCACACCGACUCAGAGCUGCUCCACCGGCAAGCCUAUGGUACCCCUCAUCCCCUCCAGGGUUAUGCAACCAACCACCACCCAGGAGGAUCCAGACAGGGUGGGGCUUGGGGUGGACGCACACUGGGCCUGUCAGGGCUGUUUGAUGCCAGUCUUCACCACUCGGGCCCCUCGGGUCCUGAUCCAUCCGUCAUGAAUCUGAUUUCUGCUUUGGAUUCCCGUGGUCCACAGCCCCCACCCUCAGCUUCUUCCCUCCUCACACAAUUUCGCACUCCCUCUUGGCAGACUGCAAUGCACGCACCAUCCCCAACGGAGCUCUUUAUUUCAGGAGCUCUUCCUGGUUCCAGCUCCUUUCCCUCCUCCUCAGCCCUUUCUGCAUACCAGCAUCCUGGCUCUUUCUCUGGACGCUCCUUCAAUCCUUCACUAUCCCUCCAGGACACACCCACCUUUAGCCCAACUUCCAAUGGUUUGUUGUCCCCCCAUGAUCCCCUGCUGCACAUUAAAACACCCUCCCAGUCCAGCCUGGGAUUUGAUCGCCUGCUGUCUUCCCAAAGUAGCGCCUACCGGAGCUCCCAGGAGCUACCGGCACCUCCUCAAAACCAUGCCCCGCCCACCUCCGCCAAUUGCCAUCUGCCCCCUCAUCAGUUUAACCUGCUAUCCUCCCAACUCCACAACCAGUCUUCUCAGCUUUAUAAUUCCUCCAUGUUCUCCUCCACAUCAGCCCUGAUACCCACUACGCCCCCUCAGCCACUCCCUCCACAGGAGAGGGCAAUUCCCCGACAGGAUACCGUUAUUAAGCAUUACCAACGCUCACCCCCAGCCCAUUCCACAACGCUUCCACUACAGCAAUAUAUCAGUUGUGGUGGGUCAGUAGGUUACCAGCAUAUACCAAAUCAACACCCUCACACUGGUGUGUCUUCUAGUCCUUUGGGGGAUCAGAGCCCGCAUUCAGAUCCUAAACCCUCACCACAGUCAGAGUCUCAGCCAUAUCGACCUAAUAUUCAACCACCCUACACUUCUUCUUCCUCCAGCUCAGCAAUCUCUUUAUCUGGGACUAAAGAAGCCAAUAGCUCCAGUAGUAGCUUCUCCUCUUCAAACACAGCAUCAUCCUCUUCAAGAACCUCACACACGCCACCAUCAGCAUUGUGCAACUCCUCUUCAUCGUCUUCAAACCCUAAGGCCAACAAUGGAACCUUGUCUGCUCCCUCUCGCCAGCAGCCUCCACCUCAAUCAGUGCCAGCACCACCUUCACCAAUGGUUUCAUCAACCCAGUCAACGCCCAAACCAUGUCUCGCUAUAUAUGGUUCUCCACCUGUAGCUAAAUCUAGCACAAGCCUACAAGGCCAGACCCCUCCCCAACAACAAGCCCAGGCAUAUUCUCCUAACCAGCCAACGUCGACUCACAUGACCCAGUCUUGUGGUAGCUUUAGCUCCCCUAGCACACAUGAGAUUAGCUCUGGAGGAGGAGGAAAUGGAGGGAAAGCUUUCACCGAUUUAGGGUCAGGUGGACGCUCGCUUUCGGCAGAAAUUGUCUUUGGGGACUCAAACUUUAGCUCAGCCUCCCACAGAAGAGCAGAGAGUCCUUCCCUAGGGUAUGGAAAUGCUACAGGAUCAAAAGGAGGCGGGGCAUCAGGAGUUACCACACUUGAUACUGGACUUGUUGCUGCAAGUUCAGGAAGUGGGGGUGCUAAUGUAAGCAAUUCGUACCACUUGAAUGAGUCUAGUCCCUCACCUUCUAUUACUUCUACUGUCCCACACCCUGGUUUGCACUCUCCUCCUUCAGCUCGGCCCGCACAAUCCCCGGGGGUCUCAGGAGCCAGCAAAUACCUGCCCUCCAUGCUCUCACCCACAUUUAUAUCGUCACAAGGUUUUAAUGAAACGCGGCAACAGCCCUACCACUCAACUCCACCCAAACCCAAAACCCAGCCCAACAUGCUUAGGCCUGAGCGCUCCCAAGAGGCGGAAGAAGAUGAUGAGUUCCUCAUCGAACAAUUACUUCACACGCAAAGUUCAACUUCUCAUUCUGCCCAGCAUCUUUCUUCUGUUCAGAUACCAGAACAGAUUCCACUAACUGGAGAUACAGAAGCCAAAGGAAGAACUUAUGACAUGAACAAGAUCUCAGAGGAACGUUACCACCUUCACAGUGUAAUUCGUACAAAUAGCACCAAUAGCAGUUCGGAGCCUGAAACAUCAUUUAGUGAAGUAACAAGUGGAUUAAAUAGUCAACUGGAAAUGUCACAAAAGAAGCAACAGCAUACUAAGACUGAGUUGACUAUAUCAAAAUCCACCACUGAAGGGGUGGGUGGAGUAACAGACUCCCUUUCCCAUACUACCCACUCCCAUCCUUCAGAACAUGACUCCAUGGUUUCGGUAGGUCAUUAUGGAAGAGGGGACCCCUACACACAGCACCAACAUUCUCGUCCCUCCCAUCACAUCCCCCACCUGUCACCCCAUUCUCAGCAACAAUGUCAGCAAUCGCAACUCUCUCAGCACACACAACCUCCCCAUCACUCUCAGCAAAAUCAUACUCACCCACAGCAUCCGCAUAUGGAGCUAAAAAAGUCUUCAGAUAGCACAGAUAGGUCCUACUUAUGUACUACGACAGAUGUCCAGCACGCUAGACAAAACCAGAUUUCUCACCAAAUGAUGAAUUCACCACCAGACUGCCCUCAGCAAACUCAGAUGAUGCAUCCUGUCAUGUCUCGGACUAAAAUGGAAUCCCAACAAGCACCACAGCAACAUCCUCUGAGCCAGCAAAGUGUCAUGGCAUCAAGUCGAGGAUCGGGGCUCACAGGUGUGGGUUCCCAUGCACAGAGUCAGUCACAGCUACAACUCCAGCUGCAGAAUCAAAAUUUGGAUACACGCUAUAGUCUUGGAGCGCAGAGAGAGCAAAGUCGAAUAAGCCAGAACUCUGUGUCCACGGGAGAUAUGUUGGACCAGCCUCUUUCACAGCCGAGAAGCAGAGAUAGUGGAGGAGCUCUAGACAGACAUGCCAUCAGAAUUGGUGCUAAUAUUACAGAAGGUGAUAGUGUUGUUGGAGAAAGACAUAGACAGCAGAACUGUCUGCCAUCCCACCACCAUCCUCAACACACAGCCCCAGAGCUGCAUGGGUUUCUGUCUGAACCAGAUAUGGGUUUACCCACUACCUCCCACCUGCACCACGUCAACCAACCUCAGACACAUAGCCACCACCAUCAGCAAGCUCACGGUCACCAUCAAAUUUCCCAUUCCCAUUUAGCUCAUCCACAGUCACAUCAGUUGGCAGGGAAUAUAGGAACUCCCCAACAACUGCAACAAUCCCAAACAAGAGAGACAGAAAACCAUCUGUCACACACCCAGCUAGACAGACAUAAGCCUCAUCAGUUUGAUGACGUCAGCCGUGGUGUAAAAAACAGAUUGAAUCAAAAUCAGCAACAGGAGCAGUUUACAUCUUUAACAUCUAUCUGCUUUUCAGACUCUCUUUUAAAUGAUGAAGACCGGUCUUUCUUUCCAGGAAUGGAAGACAUGUUUUGCUCAGCAACAUAUAAGUCUAGUUGUGCCGGGGAUUCUGUGACUGGACAGGGUUCCCGAGAGAACAUUGCUCAAGGGCGUGGGCAAGAAGCCAUGGAUGUCCUAAAAACAGGACAUGCCGGACAACGCUAUGGUCUGGUUGGACAUCACGGAGAUCAAGGUUAUGGACAAUACUGUCACAGUCUCUCUGGAUCAGGAAAUUCAAAUCCAAAUGCAGAUCCCAACUCUAUGAAGACCCAUGAUCUUCCCUCAACUGUGAAUACUGAUCAACUUGGCCUUAUACAGUCCCAGACCUCUGCUAUAGGAUUGAAUUCUACUGCUCAAGAUCCGGCCAACAAAAUGACAGGGUCAGUGGGAGCUGGGAGUAACAAUACUGGUAUGACCUCAGCAAUCUUUUGUUCGUCUCGACCCAAAAAACUGCUGAAAACAAGUUCAUUUCACUUGCUUAAACAGCGACGUGAGCCACAACCGCUAACCAAAAAAAAUUAUGCACAAGAAUAUGAAUUUGAAGAUGAUGAAGAUAAAGCUGACGGCCCGGCUGAUAUACGUCUAAACAGUCGACGCCUUCCCGACAUGCUCCCGGACUUGAUAUCUAGCUGUCGAAAGUCUGGCAGUGCAUCAGGAGUCAGUGGGCUCAGUCCCAUGAUGGGCGACAUGGACUUCUGCCACCCAUCUGGCUAUUCUUCCCUCGGACAUUCACAACCAAUCGUCACCCACGAUGGCCCAAAGAAAAGAGGGAGGAAACCAACAAAACCAAAACGCGAAGGUCCUCCUCGGCCUAGAGGUAGACCACGCAUACGCCCUCUCCCAGAACCUUCUUACUGCCGUGGCCUGAUGGGAUCAGCAGCUGGAGAAAGCAGAAGGGGACGAGGGAGAGGUAGAGGUCGAGGUAGGAAGGAUGACGGUCUCAUGGAAGUUCAUCAAGAUAUGAACAAAGCACACCACCUCACAUAUCACCCGCAGCAGCAUCCGCCGCAACAUUACAACCAGCCACAGCAUCUCCAACAGGAUGCGCAUGAACAUCGCAGACAAGAGCUAGAACACCACCAUAUAGCUCAACAGCAACAAGGACAUACCUUGCAUCAUCACGUUCCUCCCUCUCACCACCAAAUGCAUCACCAACAACAGCAACACAACUACCAACAACAUAUGCAGCAGCCACACCAACAACUGCAACAAGAGCCAGGCAGCCCCAUCAAGGUCGCACUUCACGGUCCUGCCAUGACCCCAUCACAAUCAUUGUUGAGGACUGAUUCACUGUCCAGCACUGAUCCAGCUCUGUCUGAUGGAUCACUGGGGUCAGCACCAUCACUGGGUCCGAGUCCGGGACCUAGUGCCAACAUGGACAUCAGCAGAAAUGAGCUAAACCAGACACAGGACAGGAUUCAUCAUGAGAAUUCUGGAGAGAUUACAUGGAAGAAAGAAAUUGAAGAUCCGUUGAACCCUGAAGGCUGGAGCACUAUGCAGAAACUCUCCAGUUGUGUUGACGAGAAAGCAUUUGACUUCAAACCUGGUUUCGUGUCCUCUUUUUUGGACUUCCUGAAGACAGGUAAAAAACAGUCAGGCCUUGAACUGGAUGACGUUGGCUGUGAACAGGAACCCAUGGACACCUGUUCCUCUCUAAAAGGAGGGAUCAGACCCAUAACCCCCACACCUCCACUAUCACCAACUACGCCACAGCAGCCUCCGGGAACAUUCAAUGAGGAGAGGGGAGGCGAGGGGGCAGACCUAGCUCUCAGUAGUUGCCCGAGUCCUUGUAAACCUCUUGACGACGAACUGAAAGGGAACCUGGAGGCGCUGCCCUCCUUCUCCUCUGACGAGGAAGAUUCGGUCAGUAAAAACCAAGACUUGCAGAAAAGCAUUUCGUCUGCCAUUUCUGCCCUCUAUGACACUCCGCACUCUCUCGCCGCUGCUAUGGCCUCCGCUAUGGUCAAAGUACCAUCCACGCUCUCUCCACCAACCCCACAGGAGCCCGAACUCAGCCCCUUGCCUCCUACUGCGCCAUCCCUUGUCCCCUCCACCACUACGGCCAAUGAAGAAGCGGGGACGCUCACGUACAAUCAGCUUCAUGCUCCAGACGAGAACAACUUUGUCUCGCAAUCCAACGGUGCCGUGAAAGAGGAGUGCGAAAGUGAGCCAAGUGGAGAUCACAAGGAGGAGGAAGAAGAAGGAGUAGGAAAAACUGCGGCUGAGGAAGAAAUGAAAACAGAUCCACGGGAUUCACAGCAGGGAGCUUUGGAAGGGCUGGAGGUGAUGAAAGAGGACAGAAUGUCUGACCGGCAGACUUCAGAGACGUUCAGAACUGAAGAUUCACCAUCAGGCCCCGCAUUCACUCCGGCUCCAGCGUCUGCAUCACCCUCUGAUUCCCCUUCACCACCCACCUACUCUCCUGCGUGUCUGCCUGCCUCUGUAAAUUCCUCACAGCCGAUCCAGCAGGAUGAAGAAGUGGAUCCCUCUUAUCCUCCCUGCAAACUGCAGCAGGUCUCCUACCAAGCAGCCCCAACUGCAGCAGGCACUUCCCCACCCCCCUCUACCUCCCCUCCGGCCAUCCCCUCACCCCCCCUCUCCAACCUCCCCCAAAGUCACUCCAUACCCCCUCCGUCCACCACGCCGCCCCCGUCGUGCUCUGACCACGACCAAGAAGCCGGGCAGGCGUCCCCCUCCUCCCCGUCGGCUUCUUCUCACUCAGCCUCCUCCUCUCCACCUCCGUCUCCUCCCACCCCAGAGGAAGCUCCGGCAUCCCAGCGACUCACCGCCCUGCACCUGGCCAAGAAACAGGCUGAUGCUGCAAUCGCAGGGGAGAGCGAGGAGGAGGACAGUGAAAGUGGAGGGGAGGGAAUCUUCCGCGAAAGGGACGAGUUUGUUAUUCGAACGGAGGACAUCGGGACACUCAAGAUGGCUUUGCAGACGGGUCGGGAGCCCCCACCAAUCUGGAGAGUGCAGAAAGCCUUACUCCAGAAAUUCAGUCCGGAGAUCAAAGAUGGUCAAAGACAGUUUUGUGCAACCAGCAAUUAUCUGGGUUAUUUUGGUGAUGCUAAAAUGCGAUACCAACGCUUGUAUGUGAAGUUCCUGGAGAACGUCAACAAGAAAGACUACGUCAGAGUGUGUUCCAGAAAGCCGUGGCACAGAACUGGUCUGACUCUUAGGCGCCAGUCGCUACCAAAACAACUACCCGCCCCUCACAAUCAAACCCCACCUCGGGUGGAGCGAGACGACAGGGACAAAGAGAGACCCAAAGAGAAGGAGCUGAAGGAGAAGAAAGAGAAGGAGCAAAAAGAACGAGAGCGUAAGGAAAAAAUCGACAGGGAGAAAAAGGACAGGGAGCAGAGAGAAAGGGAAAGGAAAGAAAAGGAGAAUGUGGAGAAGGAAGCGCAAAAUGACAAACAGAAUAGGGAGCAGUCAGACAGGGAGCCUAAUGGACAAGAUCAAACGGCCCUCCUCAAACAGGAGAGUGAAAGAAGGGACAAGGAUAAGAAAGAGGAAAAGAACAAGGAGCUGAGAGAAACGGAAAGAGAACAAAAAGAGAGAGAGAAAAAAUGCAGGGAACUUAAAGAGAGGGAGGAACUGGACAGGGUGUGCAAAGAAAGGGAGCGUGAAUGCAAGGAAAAGGAGAAACAGAUGAAGGACAGGCUGAAAGAGAAAGAGAGACUUGGGCCAGAAACCGGAGUCACGGAAAAGGCCAGACACAAGGAGGAAGAAAGGGAGUUGGCGAGGGAAAUCUUAGAAGUCAGAAGAGGAACAGCGCAAUGCUUGAGGGUAAAGGAGGAAAAAAGAAGAGUUGAGAAGAAGAUGGUGCAUCACUCAAGAGGCAAAACGUCAAUGGACAAGACGGAGCCUCCUCCCAAGAAGAGAAAGAAGUGGAUGAAGGAGUUGCCGUCCUCCUCCUCCGAAUCGGAUUCCUCCCCGCCCAGUGAAGAUGAAGGACUUCUGCGGGUUGGAAUGAAUAGUCGGGCCAUGAGAGAGAUGUUUAGGAGCUAUGUGGAGAUGUUGGUCAGCACAGCGCUUGAUCCUGACAUGAUCCAAGCCCUUGAGGACACAGAUGAUGAGUUAUACCUGCCGCCCAUGAGGAAGAUUGACAGUCUGCUGAAUGAGCAGAAGAAAAGACUGUUGAGAAGAGUCAGCAUGAGUGCUCAGCACCAGGAGGCUCUUCAUAUAUUCCCGAAAAUGACAGCUGACCCGUUGGAAUCUGGGACUGUCAAAGUUCGACUUGGCGGGGAGGGUUACAACCGUAAAACUCUCAACCGUGGCAAGAGGAGCAUUCCCAAGCAUCAAGAUCUGAAGCUCUCUAUUGAAGCCUGCCGUGUCUACAGUUUGUAUCAUUCCCUUCACCACUAUAAGUAUCAUACCUUCCUGCACUGCAAGAAGGAAACGGACAGCAUCGAACAGGCAGCAGAUGACCCUGGCCAAGAGGAGGUAGUACAGCAGUGCAUGGCCAACCAGAACUGGCUGGAGAGCCUCUUUAAUUCCUUCAUGGAGCUUGUCAGCCUUAGUGGCAAAGCCUGAAGGACACAAGGACAUCCAACCUACAGUGGCAGAAAGAGAGAGUACAGUCCAGUAAGAACAAAAUGGAGGCUUUUGGAGGGAUCGCACCACAGACUGAAGACGGCACUGUCGAUUUGUUUGAGAAAAGCUUACUUCAAAGAUGUUUAUAUGAAGAAAAAUGAAAAUUUGUGCACAAUGAAGUGAAUGUGAAGGAUGUUAAGGGAGCAAAGAUCAUUUGGUCAGCAACCCACUACAAAAAAAUCAAGAAGGUCUACUCAGUGUGUGCACACAAUGAAAAACAAAUUGUGUUAACAACUAUGGUUUGUAUAAUUUAUACAAUGACAUUAAAAUAUUCCUAAAGGGAUUGAUGUCUGUAAAUAUAAUUUGGAAUAUGUUUUCAAGGGAUAUUACAAGAAAUGGCCAACUUGCUGUUUUCGGUCCUCUCAGACCUACAGAGGUAAAACUAGGUUUAAAGUGACUAUGUAAUAGUCUCCUUGUUUCUACUCGCCUCAAUUUGAAAGCAGUUGAGAUUCAGGGGUAAUGUAUUUAAAUUAAGCUGUAUAUAUAUUUUUUGUGCUUGUUCUUUAAAAGACAACCACACAGAGGAGUUUAUUCCUGUAAAAACAAGAAUUAAAAGAAAAGCUUUCUAAAAGGAAGUGUGACAUGAAAUGAUCCAAACGCCUAAAUGUCCGUGUUUAGUGUGUCCUUUUUAUCUGUCUCUUGUUGAUUGAUAUUUGCCAUCAUUUGAACUCUCGGAGGAUAUUCUUGCAGAGCAUAUUUGUUGUUAUGAUGUGUACAUAGUGUACAGCUUCUUCGUUCUCCAAGUUCUUCUUCUGUACAUGAAAUUCCUGUAUUUGACAAAAGCAAAUAAAACAGUUCGAAUGACACUGAUUACAUUUUCUAUAUAGCUCGCUGGAAGUUAUUUUCAGGAAAAAAACAACGAUGGGUUGAGUGACCUUUUACUCAUUGGCUGCUUUGACGGCGCUAGACGUCCAAUCAAUUUUGACUGGGACAUUGCAUUAAUCUGUAAAUUUUAUUUAUAAAUAUAAAAAUGCAUUAAUGAUCAAUAAAAGACUCACUACAAUGGCGUACCGCACGCAGGUUAUUUUUAGACCGUGACGUCGCAUCGUAAAGCAGAAGUAAAGCCGAAGUGGGACAUUAUAGACCCGCCCUCGCAUAGACACAACGUAAUUUGUGCUACUUUUCUCCGGUAAUCUUUAAAAAACGACAUGCCGAU